AUGGCUGUAGAUACUAUUAAGCCAAAAGAUCCAGACUUCAGAGACGUACAUGAAAGGCUUCGAGAUUCUAUAUUAUCACCUCACUUUGAUGAUUGCAUUGGUGCAAUUGAUGGGUCUCAUAUCCCUGUGCUUGUUCCAGCUGAGGAGAUAGUGAACCAUGUUGGUCGUCAUGGGUAUCUAACACAGAAUAUCAUGGCAGUGUGCGACUUUGAUAUGAGAUUCACCUCUGUAGUUGCGGGAUGGCCAGGGUCGGCACAUGACACAAGGAUAUUUAAGAACACUUUGGUGAAAUAUGCAGCUAAGUUUCCACACCCGCCGAAAGGUAGGUACUAUCUUGUUGAUUCGGGUUAUCCAAAUUGUGAGGGAUAUCUAGCUCCAUACAAGUCGACAAAAUACCAUGUGCCAGAAUUUAUCCAUGGUGACCCCCCCAAUGGUAAAAAAGAAAUCUUUAACCAUGCCCAUUCGUCGCUACGCAAUGUCAUUGAGCGUGCAUUUGGUGUGUUAAAGAUGAAGUGGCGUAUUUUAUUGCAUAUGCCAUCUUACCCCUGUGACAAGCAAGUUUUAAUCAUUGUUGCUUGUAUGGCACUUCAUAAUUUUAUUAGGGACAGCCACUUGAGAGAUAAAGAGUUUGAUAGAUGUGAUCGUGAUGAGUACUACAUGCCAGGGGAUCUACUACCUCCACCUACUGGUCGGGUAUCUAACAUUGUGCAUGGUGAUGAUGCUCUCAUGAAAGUAACCAGGGAGAGAAUAGCUGAUGGAUUAUUGGCAGCUACUGAUGGAGUUUUGUUUUACGCACUACUUGCGGGUGAUGGUUGA